GAUGAUGCAGACGUGGAGUGGAAGUUUGCACGCUCCAAGCUGUGGCUGUCCUACUUUGACAACGGCAAGACACUGCCUCCUCCCUUCAGCAUCGUUCCCACUCCCAAGUCCUUCUACCACCACAUCAGGUGGAUAGUCGGCAUGCUGCAUUGCAGAAAACGGAGUGUGAAGAAGGAUGUAGAGCUGGGGAUGGACAGUUCAAAGCCCAGGGUAUGGAUGGAUGGAUGGAUGAGUGUGUGUGUGUGUGUAUGUAUGUACAGUGCCUUCAGAAUGUAUUCAUAUGCCUUGACUUAUUCCACAUUUUGUUGUUACAGGCUGAAUUCUAAAUGGAUUAAAUAUGUUUUUCUUUUAACUCAUCUACACACAAUAAACCAUAUUGACAAAGUGAAACAUGUUUUUAGAAAUGUUAGUACAUUCAUUGAAAAUUAAACACAAAAAUAACACAUUUACAUAAGUAUUCACACCCCUGAGUCAAUACUUUGUUGAAGCACUUUUGGCAGCGAUUACAGCUGUGAAUCUUUCUGGGUAAGUCUCUUGUGCAACAUUUGCCCAUUAUUAUUUUCAAAAUUCUUCAAGCUCUGUCAAAUUGGUUGUUGAUCUUUGCUAGACCAUUUUCAGGUCUUGCUACAAAUUUUCAAGCAGAUUUAAGUUAAAACUGUAACUCGGCUACUCAGGAACAUUCACUGUCUUCUUGGUAAGCAACUCCAGUGUACAGUGAGGGAAAAAAGUAUUUGAUCCCCUGCUGAUUUUGUACGUUUGCCCACUGACAAAGACAUGAUCAGUCUAUAAUUUUAAUGGUAGGUUUAUUUGAACAGUGAGAGACAGAAUAACAACAAAAUAAUCCAGAAAAACGCAUGUCAAAAAUGUUAUAAAUUGAUUUGCAUUUUAAUGAGGGAAAUAAGUAUUUGACCCCUCUGCAAAACAUGACUUAGUACUUGGUGGCAAAACCCUUGUUGGCAAUCACAGAGGUUAGACGUUUCUUGUAGUUGGCCACCAGGUUUGCACACAUCUCAGGAGGGAUUUUGUUCCACUCCUCUUUGCAGAUCUUCUCCAAGUCAUUAAGGUUUCGAGGCUGACGUUUGGCAACUCGAACCUUCAGCUCCCUCCACACAUUUUCUAUGGGAUUAAGGUCUGGAGACUGGCUAGGCCACUUCAGGACCUUAAUGUGCUUCUUCUUGAGCCACUCCUUUGUUGCAUAGGCUGUGUGUUUUGGGUCAUUGUCAUGCUGGAAUACCCAUCCACGACCCAUUUUCAAUGCCCUGGCUGAGGGAAGGAGGUUCUCAUCCAAGAUUUGACGGUACAUGGCCCCGUCCAUCGUCCCUUUGAUGCGGUGAAGUUGUCCUGUCCCCUUAGCAGAAAAACACCCCCAAAGCAUAAUGUUUUCACCUCCAUGUUUGACGGUGGGGAUGGUGUUCUUGGGGUCAUAGGCAGCAUUCCUCCUCCUCCAAACAAGGCGAGUUGAGUUGAUGCCAAAGAGCUUGAUUUUGGUCUCAUCUGACCACAACACUUUCACCCAGUUCUCCUCUGAAUCAUUCAGAUGUUCAUUGGCAAACUUCAGAUGGGCAUGUAUAUGUGCUUUCUUGAGCAGGGUGACCUUGCGGUCGCUGCAGGAUUUCAGUCCUUCACGGCGUAGUGUGUUACCAAUUGUUUUCUUGGUGACUAUGGUCCCAGCUGCCUUGAGAUUAUUGACAAUAUCCUCCCGUGUAGUUCUGGGCUGAUUCCUCACCGUUCUCAUGAUCAUUGCAACCACGAGGUGAGAUCUUGCAUGGAGCCCCAGGCCGAGGGAGAUUGACAGUUAUUUUGUGUUUCUUUCAUUUGUGAAUAAUCACACCAACUGUUGUGACCUUCUCACCAAGCUGCUUGGCGAUGGUCUUGUAGCCCAUUCCAGCCUUGUGUAGGUCUACAAUCUUGUCCCUGACAUCCUUGGAGAGCUCUUUGGUCUUGGCCAUGGUGGAGAGUUUGGAAUCUGAUUGAUUGAUUACUUCUGUGGACAGGUGUCUUUUAUACAGGUAACAAGCUGAGAUUAGGAGCACUCCCUUUAAGAGUGUGCUCCUAAUCUCUGCUCGUUACCUGUAUAAAAGACACCUGGGAGCCAGAAAUCUUUCUGAUUGAGAGGGGGUCAAAUACUUAUUUCCCUCAUUAAAAUGCAAAUAAAUUUAUAACAUUUUUGAAAUGCGUUUUUCUGGAUUUCUUUGUUGUUAUUCUGUCUCUCACUGUUCAAAUAAACCUACCAUUAAAAUUAUAGACUGAUCAUUUCUUUGUCAGUGGGCAAACGUACAAAAUCAGCAGGGGAUCAAAUACUUUUUUCCAUCAAUGUAGAUGUGGCCUCGUGUUUUAGGUUAUUGUCCUGCUGAAAGGUGAAUUCAUCUCCCAGUGUCUGGUGGAAAGCAGACUGAACCAGAUUUUCCUGAAGGAUUUUCCUUGUGCUUAGCUCCAUUCCAUUUCUUUUUUAUCCUGAAAAACUCCCCAGUCCUUAACGAGUACAAGCAUACCCAUAACAUGAUGCAGCCACCACUAUGCUUGAUAAUAUGGAGAGUGGUCCUCAGUAAUGUGUUGUAUUGGAUUUGCCCCAAACAUAAGACUUUGCAUUUAGGACAAAAAGUUAAUUGCAGUAUUACUUUAGUGCCUUGUUUGAAGCAGGAUGCAUGUUGUAGAAUAUUUUUAUUCUGUACAGCAGUGUCCUUCCUUUCCGGCAACUGAGUUAUAGGAAGGACGCCUGUAUCUUUGUAGUGAGUAGGUGUAUUGAUACACUAUCCAAAGUGUAAUUAAUAACUUCACCAUGCUCAAAGGGAUAUUCAAUGUCUGUCCCCCCCCCCCCCCCCCCCCCCCCCCCCCCAUCCCCAUCUACCAAUAGAUGCCCUUCCUUGCGAGGCAUUGGAAAACCUCCCUGGUCUUUGUGGUUGAAUCUGUGUUUGAAAUUCACUGCUCAACUGAGGGACCUUACAGAUAAUUGUAUGUGUGGGGUACAGAGAUGAGGUAGUCAUUAAAAAAUCAUGCUAAACACUAUUAUUGCACACAGAGUGAGUCCAUGCAACUUAUUAUGUGACUUGUUAAGUAAAUUCUUACUCCUGAACUUAUUUAGGCCUGCCAUAACAAAGUGGAUGAAUACUUAUUGACUCAAAACAUUUCAGCUUUUCAUUUUUAAUACAUAUUUUUUUUAUUCAUCAGAAAACAUCAAUCCACUUUGACAUGAUGGGGUAUUGUGUAGGCCAGUCACACAACAAAUCUAAAUUUUAAAUUCAGGCUGUAAAAAGUCAAGGGGUGUGAAUACCUUCUGAAGGCACUGUAUGUAAUGUAUGUAAGUAUGUAUGUAUGUGCCCAAUUAAAUAACAUACCCAAAUCUAACUGCUUGUAGCUCAGGACCUGAAGCGAGGAUAUGUAUAUUCUUGAUACCAUUUGAAAGGAAACACUUUGAAGUUUGUGGAAAUGUGAAAUUAAUGUAGGAUAAUAUAACACAUUAGAUCUGGUAAAAUAUAAUACAAACCAAAAAAUAAGUUUUUGUUUUGUUUUUGUUUUUCAUCAUCUUUGAAAUGCAAGAGAAAGGCCACAAUAAAAUAUUGCAGUUUAGGUGCAAUUUAUGUAGGAGAAUAGAACACAUUAAUGGCUGUGAUAUAUUUUGGCUGUGAUAGAUGGCAGCAGUGUAUGUGCAAAGUUUCAGAUUGAUCCAGUGAAGCAUUGCAAUACUGGACUAUUUUGUAUCAAGUCUGCCCAAAUGUGCCGAAUUGGUCAAUUCAUACAAGUACAUAACUAUAGAGAACAUACAAAAAUGAUAUGGUAAUGCAAAAUGUAAGUUUACACACUCCCAGGAAUGUCAUACAUGAUGGAUCAUUAGCUUAUACACUAACUUUCACAGAUCUAGAUGGCCGGAUGUGGAACCGGGUGUGGAACCAGAGACAGCAGGGGUUCAAACUGUAGAACCCAGUUCCUACAUUUGAAUAUAAACAUUUAUUUUAUCAAACAAAACUAUGCUACAUUUUAUCUCUGGGACCCUUAGGAUGACAAAUCAGAGCAAGAUUACUGAAUGGAAGUACAUUAUUUACCUUCAGAGGUGAAUGUAUCAAACCAGUUGCCGUGAUAAGUUUUUUGUUGUUGUGCACUCUCCUCAAACAAUAGCAUGGUAUUUGUUCACUGUAAUAGCUACUGUAAAUUGGACAGUGCAGUUAGAUUAACAAGAUUUUAUGCCUUCUGCCCAUAUAAGACAUGUCUAUGUCCUGGAAAGUUUGCUGUUACUUACAACAGUCAUGCUAAUCACAUUAACGCACGUUAGCUCAACCGUCCUGUAUACGGGACACCGAUCCCGUAGCGGUUAAGAAAACCAAUGGUUGGCCCUCAUGUCUCUAUCACAAUCUAUUCAAAAGUCAUUGGAGUUUUUACCCUUGUUGUUUGGACAAAAUUAGAUAUCGAUUUUGAGACAUGAUAUGUAGUAUUUUCAUAAUUUAGUAUACACUUUUAACAUUAAUGCUAAAUUCCUGUUCUUUUUAGAAGAUUUCUCUGAAAAAUUUCAACGGAGCACUGUAAUAGGUUACAAAAUCGGAUAUACUGUUUAUGAUAUGUUAGAGAAAGACUCCACUGAACGUUUCAGAACAUGAAGAAUUAUAUUUGUCUUGGUAAAAUGUAUUUUAUACCAUAAGGAAGUGAAAUUUCAUCACCAAAGCACGUUUUCACCCACUCUGGGUUUCCCUGCCGGUUGGUAAGUAGUGUUCCUAGAGAUGAUGUCUUUGUUGACGGUAAAGUUCUUUGGGGUGUAACUGUACACAUUAGGGCUGUAAUUACUUUCAGAGGCCAGGCUACGGAAUGAUGUGCAAAUAGGAUGCCGUCCGUAUACAACAUCCAUCGUAGUUGCAGUCCCGAAGCUAGGCUGAAACAUGGGGUUGCCCAUAUGCCCCAUUCGGCUAAUUAUGAGCUAGAUCCCAAACUCUAAACAUGAUCUUGAUAUAAGCAAUGUAUUGAUGACUUUAAUGUCCCCCAAAAAACUUGCAUAAACACAGUGAAUUUAAUGUAGGCCUACCUGUUACAAUUGACCCGUGUUACAUUUAGGUCUCCCCUAUGCACUCACAGCGAAUUGCAGGGAGCUAAUGUGCCUAAACCAUGCUGAUAUAGCCAACUAGGUAAAUGACUAUUCUAGGCCUACUAUGCGGUUGUCCGAUUUACUGGUCUUGUUGGCAGAGGAAAAGUAAACAUGGACAGUUCUAGCAUCUUCAAAGUGCGCCUCGGCAGAUUAUUUUUUUCAUGUUCCAUAUUUUUGGGGUGUGGCGGCAACAAUUUAGCAGAGGCGGAGCCGCUCCAGCCGAAUAGGCUACAGGAGCAACGCUGGAAAGCCGCUCCAGCCGGAUACAACAUGGCGUACAUUUAAUGGGGUGAACUCUGUUUAAGGGGUUUAUGAUUGUCCUUGUCCAUUGUAAUAUCCGUAUAGGAUUUCCCAAUGCAAUGUUGUCUCUGUAUUGUCAUAAUUUGCACUCCCAUCUUUUUGACCCUAGAGAGGAUCAAUGGCAUUUGCAUUAUGUCUGUGGCUCGCCAUAUUUACAUUGAAAAUAAUGAUGUACGCUAUCCACCUAAAGAGAUGCAUAUAGGCUAUUUAUUGAUGCAUCUGGAGUACUAGAGUCUAAUAAGAGCACAUGGACUAUUAUUCAAGUCCUACUUGAAAAUGGCAACUGAAACAUGUAUCAUAUUUAUAUGUAUGGAGAUGACUGUUCUCUGGAAAUUCCCAUUUAAGACAAGUUUGAACCAAUGUAGUUUGAUGCCUCUCUCUAAUUUGAUCCCUUGGAGGAAAUAAUUUACUUAAAACUUCAAUCAGUAGGCCCCCAUGGCAUAUAUAGAAUAACAGUAUCAAGAUGAUUCGUGUGGCCAAGGUCACUUUCUUUCUCUCUGUGUCGUCUGUCGCCCUCUCUCUCUGUCUCUCUUGCUGUCUCUCUUGCUGUCUCUCUCUCUGUCCCUCUCUCUCUCUUUGUCUCUUGUUUUCUCUUUACAUUAACUACAUUUGACCACAUAGAUUUCUCCUCUGAGGCCUAUUUCAAAUGGCAAUCUGACAACUGGACUGGAAAUGUUGCGGCAUUGUUAUCUCAAUAGGCAAGCCACAAGGAAGACCCGUUGCAGUUGGUCUACAAUGUUUUCUUUACCAGAAACAUUCAUAGUAAUAUAGACCCCUUUCCAUUACACGACACACUGACGUCACGCAGAGAUGCGCGCGACUCUUGGUUGCAGUAAGAAAGCCAUCGCCAUCUGAGCCCAUUCAACACAGCCUAGAUUUACAUUUUUAUUAUUUCUAAACAAAAUAACUUUUUUGGGUUCUCAUACGCUUACAAUGAUGUUUUGGUUCUUGCUUGAACAGUCACUAAGAUUAUAUUUGGUUGUGACCUUUGCAAAAUAACUAUUUUGGAUGCAGCAGUUGUUAGCUAGAAUGCUAACGCUAAUUUACGUACAUUAGGCUGCAGCAAAAGCUAGCCAAAGAGCCAUUUUACUAGUUGAAGUUGAAGUGUUUUUCAAGUAUAAUGCAGUUGAUUUGUGAUGAUGACACAAACAUUAUAUUAAGCAGGACAUUUAUACGAGCUUUAAAAUCCAAUUAUAAUCCAAAAGUAGUGUGAAAUGCACUCAUAAGCAACAUGUAAAUAGAGGCUUUUUUUGCUGCCGUGCUAUAAGAACUCCCCUGUGUUCUGCCACCAACUUGCACGCAUCGCCCUCGUGUGGCAAUGUUUGCAAACACAGAAAGGGGUCUAUAGUGUGUUAUGUUGUUUUUGGUUUUAAAACAUGCAAAUAUGGGGUACAUUGAAUUCCAUUGGUUUUUGGUCAGACACAUGCUAUUUAUUUGUACUCCUGAGUGGCGCAGUGGUCUAAGGCACUGCAUCGCAGUGCUAACUGUGCCACUAGAGAUCCUGGUUCGAAUCCCUUGUUGUUUGGACAUGAGUCUCCCGGCCGCGACCGGGAGACUCAUGGGCGGCGCACAAUUGGCCCAGCGUCGUCCAGGGUAGGGGAGGGAAUGGCCAGCAGGGAUGUAGCUCAGUUGAUAGAGCAUGGUGUUUGCAACGCCAGGGUUGUGGGUUCGAUUCCCACGGGGGGGCAGUAUAAAAAAAAUAUGUAUUCACUAACUGUAAGUCGCUCUGGAUAAGAGCGUCUGCUAAAUGACUAAAAUGUAUUUAUAAAAAAAAAAUUUGGGGGGGGCUAGAAACAAAAUGGGUUGAGACCGCUUCUGUUACCCUGAACUCAAUGUAUUUCUUCCAUUAUCUACCUGCAGCAGAUUGAUAGGUGAGGUGGGGGGCCAAGAAUGUCUUUGGGUAGACCCCCUGUUAGCCUGUAGGGAAUCUAAGAGUGGCUGGGUAGUGGGUAGAAGAAGCCACGACUGAUGACUAAUAAGGCUCACUGUGCACUUGAGGCCAGAUGGCUUUGGUCAAAUAUUUUUUUUUUUACCACACUAUCGAACUAUACUUGGUAAGUGAAGCCUCUCCAAGCUCUUUAGCCAUAAGACACUGACAGCUAAUGCACGGCCUUCAUCAGAGCAGUGACAGGGCCAGUUGAGACCCUGGUAUUUUGACAAUGUUCCAGGUAUGAUGUGAAACAAUGUAGUAUUAGCUUUUUGAUCUCCCAAAACGUAUUUGUGCGUGUGUGUGUGUGUAAAUGUACGGGCGUGUGUGCUUGCAAGUGUUAAAACCAGGGGUUGGAAGCAAAAUUAUUUUCCAAUUGUUUUGUUCUGAACAGAAACACUAUUUAUUUUGUUUCGUACCACUGUUCCUACCAGCAAAAUAAAGUUCUGAACCGGUUUGAUCAAGUUGAUAUUGUUCCUUUCUGUUCCUUUUUAACCUGUGAAAUCAACAGUUUUUUACAUUUAGUACAUUAAAUGACUUCACCAAUCAGUGCGGAGAGAGCAGGCAAGCUAGUUGUUUACAUGUGUGAUGGACAGACAAGUGUAGCCUAUGGCGCAAGAUGCUACUGAAAUUUUGCGGGUGGGGAGAGGGCAAGAGAGACAUUUUGCAGGUGGAGAGAGAGUUGAGCAGGAGGCUUGAAGCACUUGGCAUCUUGUUAUGACAUGCAUUAUCUGAAUUAGGUCCACAGAAUUAUACCAAGGAGGAGCGGCUUCUAUGGAGGAGCUUUGAAUGUCCUUUGAGCUAGCUAGCUAACAAGCUUGAGCUAGCUAGCUAACAGGCUUGUGUGUGCAGAGCGGCACCAGAAUUAAAAACACGUCUUACCUUUUUGUAGUUAAUAAAUCCAACGUGAAACGUUUAACUAGGCUAUAGUAUCCUUAACUAGCAUUGAAAAAGUUGAUCCAUUCUUCUCUAGCCAAUUAAAAAUCUCCCUCCCUAUCUUCUGAAUCAAGCUUGUAACGUCAGUACAGUAGUCUAUGUUUAGGAGGGGGGAGGGCUGCAGGUAACUUAAACAUGCACACUCACAGGCAAAGAUUUUCAGCUUGCAGGCAGACACUGGAAUACGUUUCUGAGUGAGUAGGGCUUUGCAUAGGUGCUUUGUUGCGUUUUGUUGUGGGAAUAGAAAAAAAUGCCUGGAAUGUAAAAGGACGUUAUUAACUGGUUCCCAUGAUUUUUAAAUAACGGUUCUGUUCCAGAACAGUAUGGAUCACUUUCGUUCCAGGUUCCAUAUCUGUUCCUUGAAAGAUUUAGUUAUUUUCCGGUUUUCUGUUCUGUUCCCUGAACCGGUUCCAACCCCUGGUUAAGACUCUCAUUGAUCAUUGGUCCUUAUUUUUAUAAUGGUUAAUUGAGUAUUCAGAUAAAAUAUCCAAAUGUGCUUUUGUUUGUGUUUGUCUGGGGUUUGCAGCUCAAUCUCUUCACCCAGUCCAACCUGCGCAUUGCAGAGUCCCACCGCAUCCUGA